AUGUCCCCUCAUAUGGAGCCAGGUACCUUCAAGGGCUGGGUCGCCCGCGACGCCAAAAGCCCCCAAUCCUACACAACUUAUACCCCGAAACCCUUCACACCCACCGACGUCGAAAUCUCUAUCUCCCACUGCGGUAUUUGCGGCACCGACAUCCACACCCUCCGUUCAGGCUGGGGACCAACCGACUACCCCUGCGUAGUCGGCCACGAGAUAAUCGGCAUAGUAACACGUCUCGGCAGCGCCGUCAAAUCCAAAUCUAACCCCAAUACAAUCCACUUGGGUGACCACGUUGGCGUCGGCGCGCAGAGCGGCGCCUGUCUACGCGCAGACUACGAAGCCUACGCCGACGGCGAGGAAUCCUACUGCACCCGCAUGACAGGCACGUACAACAGACAGUAUAGCGACAAGUCGAAAUCGUAUUGUGGAUUUGCUGAUCAAUGGCGCGGGCCUGCACAUUUCGUAUUCCGGAUUCCGGAUGCUCUACCCUCGGCCGAGGCAGCGCCGCUGCUGUGUGCGGGUGUUACUGUGUUUGCGCCGAUGAGAAAGUGCCGCGUUGGGCCCGGGAAGACAGUUGGGAUUAUUGGAGUUGAGGGGCUGGGUCAUUUGGGGAUUUUGUUUGCUAAUGCGCUUGGAGCGGAUCGGGUUGUUGCCAUUUCGCGCUCGUCUGGGAAGAAGGCGGAUGCUGUUGGGGGGCUUGGGGCGGAUGGGUUUAUCGCUACGGGCGAGGAGAAGGGGUGGGCGAAGAAAAACUCGCAUUCGCUCGAUGUUACUCUGUGUACGGUUUCGGCGCAUGAUAUGCCGCUUGCGCAGUAUUUGAGAUUGCUUAAGCGGGAUGGGACUUUUGUGCAGAUUGGGGCACCGGAGGAUGCGUUACCGCCGCUUAUGGCUUGA